GUGCACUGUUCCAGCCUGGCAAUGUUUCAUGUGUGGUCACUAACAAGAGCGCAUUUUGGAUUUCAAUGAUCCCUUCAGUACUGAGGUUAAGCCAAGAAUCCUACUCAUGGGAUUGAGAAGAAGUGGGAAGUCUUCCAUUCAGAAAGUUGUCUUUCACAAAAUGUCGCCGAAUGAGACUCUCUUCCUGGAAAGCACAAACAAGAUCUGCAGAGAGGAUGUUUCCAACAGCUCCUUUGUCAACUUUCAGAUAUGGGAUUUCCCUGGGCAAAUUGACUUCUUUGACCCUACGUUUGACUAUGAGAUGAUUUUCAGAGGCACUGGGGCACUGAUAUUUGUUAUUGAUUCUCAGGAUGAUUAUAUGGAAGCAUUAGCUCGGCUGCAUCUUACUGUGACCAGAGCCUAUAAAGUGAAUCCAGAUAUCAACUUUGAAAUCUUUAUCCAUAAAGUGGAUGGUUUAUCUGAUGAUCACAAGAUUGAAACGCAAAGAGAUAUUCACCAGAGAGCGAAUGAUGACCUUGCAGAUGCUGGACUGGAGAAGAUUCACCUCAGCUUUUAUCUGACAAGCAUAUAUGAUCAUUCUAUAUUUGAAGCAUUUAGCAAAGUGGUACAGAAACUGAUUCCACAGCUCCCAACACUGGAAAACCUGCUUAACAUCUUUAUUUCAAAUUCUGGGAUUGAAAAAGCAUUUUUAUUUGAUGUAGUCAGUAAGAUCUAUAUUGCAACGGACAGUACUCCAGUGGAUAUGCAAACUUACGAGCUCUGCUGUGAUAUGAUAGAUGUUGUGAUUGACAUUUCUUGUAUAUAUGGGCUUAAAGAUGACGGCACUGGAACUCCUUAUGACAAAGAAUCAAUGGCAAUCAUAAAACUGAACAAUACAACUGUCCUUUAUUUAAAAGAAGUGACAAAAUUCCUUGCUCUUGUUUGUUUUGUCAGAGAAGAAAGCUUUGAGAGAAAAGGAUUAAUAGACUACAAUUUCCAUUGUUUUCGAAAAGCCAUACAAGAAGUAUUCGAAGUAAGAAUGAAAGUAGUAAGGUCUCGAAAACAUCAAAGCCACAUGCAGAAAAAUAAAAGGCCCACUCCCAAUGGGACACCAAGAAUGCCACUGUAACUGAGGUUUUCUGGCAAUGUGGCGAGCAAAGUUUUCGUGAAGCUGAUGUGACUUCUGCAUCUCAUUGCACUGAGUGAAGAGGAAGACAGAUGGGACUGAUGUAUUAUAUGAAUUUUCCUUGAACGUUCAGAAAGCACUGUUUAAAUAUUUUUAUCCAAUCAGUUUUUUUCAUAUAGUGAGCACUUUGAGCAAAAUGUUGUAUAUAUAAGCAUUGAGGUGAACACUUGUAAGAAUUUUCUUAAUAUAUGCUGUAAACCUUUUCCAUGCCAUAUUAAGAAAAAACAGCUGUGACAGAAAUACUGGGUACAUAAUUUGCACUUUUACAUGUUUUCCUUGUGGAGCUGGACUUUGAUAAACUUAGUUUUUAUGGUGAUUUUGAUGCAUGGUGUCAGGUAAAAUGUAUGCUGUAGUUGAUUUACCUGCUACAAUCAAAUUGGUUAGUAAACAAUUAAGAAAACUUGGUACAAUGCCUUUUAAAAUUUGUGACAGCUAAUACCUAACAUUCAUACAGAUCUAAUUUCGUAUAUUUUUCAAUUUGUAAAUUAAGAAUAAUUUUGAAGUAUUACAGCAAUAAGCACCUUACCAGGGAUCAUAACUGGUAGGUAAAUAUUAGCUUUUAUAAAACAGGCUUUUGGCCAAAUUUCAUCUGGAGUUCUUCAUAACACUGGUCAUGCCCUCUGUUGGGUCUGUCUUUAGUAUUUACCUCAGCAUAUACCACUAAAAUACCUUUCUAUAAAGAGAAUUGUUUUGUAAAAUGGCUCUAUGUUGCACUGGUAUUUUUAUAAGGCUUCAGAGGAGGGUGUUGUGUCUGAAAGGUUGAAUUUACAUUGCUAAGUUUGUUUUGAGAGCCUGUACAUCUGCAGUUGGCGCAGUGAAGAAUCUGUAUGUAUUUCCACCCUGAUGUUCUGAUGUACUGAUAGAAAGUCCUAAAGAUGUGAGCACUGGGUUCUGGUUCCCUCUAAUAGGGGUAUGUCUGUGACUGAAAUCAAGAAGAAACCAUGAACAUGAGGACUGGACAAUCUACCUGCUGUAGUAAUCAGCAUACAUCACUACUUCUUAUUUUAAUAUUGAACAUGGGCAGGUUUGGCACAGGGUCAGCCAGGACAGCAGAGCACUCUCAAACCUAAAAAGAAGUAAAAUGUACUUUCUGAGUUCUGUAUUCACUGGUUUUGUUUAAUUAAUGAUACAAAAUCAUGGUUUCUAGUAGGAAGAGCAACUCUUUCUUUUUUUCUCAGUCCCGCCGCAAAGCAAUUGCAUGUUUUCAGCAGUGUUGUCAGCAGCUCUUGGGAGUGGGAAGAGCUUGACCUGAAUGGGAGGCAGCUUGCCAUACACGAGAAACAGGUAAGGGGAGGUAUUCCUCACUCAUUCAUAACUAAUGUGCCCCGAGCUGAGAUAGCUCUGGAGACAGAAGGGAAGAUGGAAUUUGAAAGUUUUCUCUUAGCCAAGGUAAGGUCUGCUGCAUGUCUAUCGGUGAGUUAAGAGCUCCCCAUGUUUGCUGGCUUCUGUUGCACAAGGGGGGGGGGGUUAACCUGUGGUAAGCAAGUCUAAAUUCAGUUGUGGUUUGAAUGCAAAUGCAGAGUUUGUUUCUGUAUGCUAUAUAUUGACACAUCUUGAGGCUGUAGUACUAUACUGAAUAUACAAGCUGGGAGAGCCAGUUGGCAUGAACGCAAAGGCUCCCUACACCAACAUCUGCCAAAAAAGAGACCAGUAGUUUCCAUGCCCUUUACUGCUGCCUGAUGCAUGUGACUUAUGUUUUUGAAACAAAUUGGCUCUUUUGGCAUGAGUCUAUUGAAUAUAUGUGGAACUCUAGAAAAAGGUGCUAGUCAAUAGAUGAAGCUCAGCUCCAUCAAGGCUCACUUGUUACAUAAUGCAGUCCUAGG